AUGCCCCAACAGAGUAACACCAGAUCUCUCCCUGUCCCCCCAGUCGCCCAACAGCCCAAGCCUGCCGUGAAUCCAGCGGUGAAGCCUGACCGUCGGGAGAUGCUGCUGAAGUGGAAGCAGGAGAAGGAGCUGAAGCAGAAGCUGGCGGCGCGGGAGAAGGCCAGGAACAGGACCUUCAAAGUCUGCCACGUCAAGUACGACCCCACACCAACAUGGUCUGCCGCAGAGGACGGCAAGAAGAAGGCUAAGGAGCCCGUUGGCCCCAAGAGGGUGUCGGCCAGACUUGCAGCUCGGACGGAGGCGAAGCCCAAACCCGAGGCGCCGGUUGGUCGGGUCACCAGGUCACGAGCUGCAUCAGCCAAUCAGAAGGCAGAGCCGCCCAAACGCAACACGAGGCAGCGCGUUCCGAGUGGCUCUGCGGCGGGGAAGAAGGAAGCUCCGCAGCGCCAGAACAGGAAAAGGGCCACCAGUACCAAGGAGAUGGAGCCCAAACCAGCCCCUGUCAAGAAGCGAGCUGCCAGUGCGUCCACCGCCACUGAGCCAGCCGAGCCGCCGAGGGUCACCCGGGCUCGGGCGAAGAGCGAGGCAGCCGGCUUUAUGACUGUGGAGGACGGCCUGGAUGAUGACCUUCAACCUGUGAACUUUGACUUCAGCCUCAGCAAGGUCACCACGGUGUCCAAUCAGAGGGGAGAGCCAAAGGAAUCGAACCCCGUCCCGUCGUUUGCGCCAGCGGAUUUCUCGUUCCACGCGCCGAGCCACCUGCCCUCCUUCUCCUUCACUCCCCUGAGUCCGAGGUCAGCUGAUGCGUUCUUGUUCCCGGGGUCCGGUGUGGGAGGGUCAUUCCUCAACUCACCUUUUGUGUCCAAAAACAACAGACACUCCACCCCCAAGUCCGUCACCCGUAGAACCAGGAGGACCAGCAAACUGGCCCAAGCUGAGGAGGGCGGGGCAGCUCCUGUCACCAUGGCAACAGAGCAGCCAGCCAAUGAGGAGCCAGAACCUGUCACCAUGGCAACAGAGCAGCUAGCCAAUGAGGUGCCUUCUAGUGAGAAUCAGACCAAUGAGGAGCCAGAACCUGUUGCUAUGGCAACCGACGCUACAGCCAAUGAGGAGCCAACUCUUUUCACCACGGCAAUGGAAGAGCCAACCAAUGAGGAUGCAGCCAAUGAACAGUCAAUCAUGCCAGAGCCAGCUCCCAUUGCCAUGGAAACAGAGGAGAAGGCCAAUGAGGGACCAGCAGUGGAGGAGCCAGCCAAUGAGGAGCCAGUUGUGUUUGAAGUUUUUACAGAAGAUAAGCCAAAGGAAGAAGCAGAGCAGGUUGCACUCCUCGAGGAGCCAAUGCCGGAGGUACAAGUCUCAGAGGAGGAGGUGCCACUUGCUACUGAGACCCCUCAAGAUGAUGUCGAGAAGAUGGAGGCUUCCCAAGAUGCAGUGCAGGAAGCAUCCCACGAUGCACCAGCCAUGGAAGCAUCCCACAAUGUACCAGCCGUGGAAGCAUCCCACGAUGCACCAGUCGUCGAAGCAUCCCACAAUGCACCAGUCGUCGAAGCAUCCCACGACGCACCAGCAUCUUCAGAUGCCCCGGAGCAGGUGACUCUAUCCCUGCCAGAGGAGGGUCCUGAUGCUGCAGCUACAGAGGACGUCCUGCCUGUAGCUCUGAAAGAUGCCAACCAGUUCAUCCAGCCUGCUGAUGACAUCAUGCAGGGGCCUGAGGAGGAAGAAGCCCACGAUGUGUCGUAUUUCCGCCGGCUGCUGGUGUCUCAGACGGAGCGUCUGACCGGGCUGUGCAGGACCUGGGAGGAGAUAGUGACUGAGGAUGGACUCACGGAGGAAGUUCAAGGCCAGAUCCGUACGACCAUCGGUCAGGCGCAGCUGCUGAUGGACCAGCGGUUUAAGCAGUUCUCCGGUCUGGUGGACAACUGUGAGUUCAACACCGGCGAGAAGGAGACCACCUGCACCGACCUGCAGGGCUUCUGGGACAUGGUCUACUUCCAGGUUGAGGAUGUGGAUAAGAAGUUUGAUGACCUUGAGAAGUUGAAGGGCAGGAACUGGGAGCCAGAGGAGGUCAAGAAACCGGUCAAGGUCAAGAAGAAGAUAGUUAAGAAGCCCGGUAAGAAGCCUGCGGUUAAGAACAACAAGGACCGAGAGGCGGCCAGGAAGAGGCUGGCUGAGGCUAAGGCAGCCAUGAAGGCGGCCAUGAUGGCCAACAAGCAGCAGACGGAACAGAAGGAGGAGGCCAAGGUCACAGAGGACACCGUGACCUUCGACGGAGGGUUCUUCAAGGUUGACAGUCCGGCCAAGACACCACAGUUCCACUGCAGAGCUGGCACCCCACUGAAGGCCCUGAAAGGUCUGAGUGAGGACAGGAGACUGUCCAGGACCAUGGACCCCCAGGCUCGCCGACGGUCCUCCCGACACCCCAAACCUGUCAGUCAGCUCAUCCAGGCACUCACACACACUCCAGGAAACAAGCAGUCUCCCGUUGCCAUGGAGACCACCGACAGGACCCCCCUGUCAGCCGGCCUGCGCCGGUCCAGCAGACUCACCCCUCAGCCAAUCGCAGCGCCCAUCUCGGAAGACACGCCCGUUGGCAUGGCAACUCCAGAGCUGGCCGUGAUCGGGACGCCAGUGAAACUCCACACCCCGCCUUCAGAGGACGAGGGGUCAGAGGUCACGGAAGAUGAAGUUUCCAUGGAAACCAAGGGACUGGUGGUGAUCGGGACGCCAGUGAAGCUGCACAGCCCGUCAGAGUUCAAGGAGAAUGUCGCCUCAGAAGAGUUUGUUGAACACGGGGUCGUUGCUAUAGAAACAGAAAUGCCAGAGCAAGGAGAGGACAGGAAGCAGUCCUUCAGCAUGUUCCUGCGCCCGUCGACCUCCACUGCCGACGACAGCAGCCCGGACGCCCCGGAGCCGAUGGACACGGAACUCCCCAACUCCUCUGACACGGAGAUGCACAGCCCCAUGAAGCGCAGCCUGGCCUCCAUGUUUGACCAGGAAGGUCAUCCCAAGGUCAAGACGCCGGCCAGGAGAGUGGCCAGAAGGAGCGUGGUCAACUUUGUGUCUCCGCCGGAGGAAGGAUGUCUCGCAAAACCUCUUCCCAAGACUCCUGCUCCAAACCUGUUCAAGUCCAGACCGUCGACAGCCGGUGCCGUGUUCUCUCCUCUCACCUCAGUGUCAGACAACAAACUAGCCUGUGCCACACCCGCCACACUGCUGGCAGGGCUGAGCAUGAACCAGGACACGAUGGACCUUGGCUUCACUCCUCCCGACCAGAACCCCAUCAUGGGUACAGAGGGCGGAGUCAGGACGUACCGGUCCAGCCUCAGCUCUGACGAGGAGGAGGAGGACCCAACCAUCAACCUCAUGGGCUUCUCUCCCGAUCCACCAAUCAGAGUGAAAAAGCAAAGCAGCAGUGAAGAUGAGGAAACAGCAGGCACAGCUGUUAGAUUUGCUGCCAUCACCCCCUCCAAGAAAAUGAGAGACUACAUGGGUACAGAUGUGGUGAUGUCCCCUGUACGGCGGUCCAUGCGCCUGGAGUCCGCCGGUGCCUCCAACCCUCCUCAGACUGUCGUACGAAACCUUCACGAUCUUCCUGCAGAAGUGGACUACGGUUACCAGCCCAACAAGAGCGUGCUCUGAUGUUGUUAAAGAUAGAGUUUGAAACUUGUGAAAUACAUAAUGCUGUGUAUGAAACAGUUGAUUUGAAUGUAUUUUAGGUCACACCAAUCUAGUCACUUGGAUUUUUGAUACAUUCAGAAAUGAGCCAAAAAGGCAAAUUGAAAAGCAAAAAGGUAACAUAUGGAUGUUCAACACACUAUAAGAUUAAGAACGUUUAAUUCUAUAUAUGGCAGACUUUUUCUCCUGGCUCAAUUUUGAUAUUCUAAUAUGGUGUAAUUUUAUGAUUAUAAAAGUUUCAAGAACCAAAGAAAUGUAUUGGUGUGACCAGAGAAGAAAGUGAUUCUUUUAUUUUUGAUAUGAACAUGAAGUGUUUAGAAUAAAAGAAUAGGAUAGUAUUUUAUAUCAAGUUGAAAAAAACAGCCUGUUCUCAGUUGUUUUCUUGCCAACCAAAUGUACUACAUGUACCUACAAACAAGGUAGCAGCUAGAAGUAAGUAGUUACACUAUAUUUCAACAUUUGGGUUGAUAUAUGUUACCUCACACUCAAAAACAAGACAUUUUCAUCAGUUGAAUAUCUUGUACAUGUAUAUAUUUUGUAAAGAUUAACAUGACCUCUCAAAUCACAUAUUCAUGCCCACUAUCUCCACACAUUGUACCUCGGAAAAUGUGUCUUGUAACAUCAUACUCCUCUACUAUAGGCAUUUCAUUUGUGCCUCUUAUUCAAUAUUAUCAUCAUCUGUCUGCUUUUCCAGCUGUCCUGUAGCAGAAUAGACAUACAUUGUACCAAAACAAUUCAGUGAAACUAUUUAUUCUCUAACUAACAGUUUGUAAUAAUCAUAGAACAUUCUUUCACAUUACUUUCACUUUGGGAUAGAAGCUUUACAUUUAGACUGUGUACUUAGUGGUGAAUUGAACAAAGAUCUAAAUAGGAAACAAUCAAUUGGCUUGUUGGUACAGAGGAGGGUUUGGUUGAUUGCUGUUUUAUACUAUUUUAUACUGCUGACUGUACUUGAGUAGUACAAAAGAUUAGUACUGCAUGUUUUGUUUGGAUGAAUGUAUAUAACUAUGAAAUUGGUAAUAAAAGCAUCUUAUUGUGUUUUA